CUAAAACAUCUUCAUUUUUAGUUUCAUCAAUAAUAUGACAGCCAUGAAAAGAAGUAGAGAAGAUGAUAUGCAAAUUGAAGAAGAGGCCGUGGCUAACUUAAUGCUUUGGUCUCGUUUCAACAACACUUCUUCAUCAUCACAUCAUAUUCACAUUAAUGAUUUUGAAUGCAAGACUUGUAAUAAACGAUUUUCGUCUUUUCAAGCCUUAGGAGGUCAUCGUGCAAGUCAUAAUAAACGAUCAAGAUUAUUCGGAGAGUUUCUUGUUCAAACCAAUAAAAAGAAUAAGAUGCAUAAAUGCUCUAUUUGUGGUAUGGAGUUUUCUUUGGGUCAAGCUUUAGGUGGACACAUGAGGCGUCAUCGUGAUGAAAUUAAUAAAACUGCAGCUCAUGAACAGACGAUGAUUCCGAUUUUGAAGAAGUCAAAUAGCAUCAAGAGGAUUUUUUGUUUGGAUUUAAACUUAACCCCUCGUGAUGAUAAUGUUGAUUUCAAGUUAUGGCCGAUGGCACCAAUUGCAUCUCCUGUUUUGAGAACUUUUAUUUAAGUCAGCUUUUAAUUCGUUGUUA